GAAAUAUGUUCUCAUCAUGGUUGACCCAGAUGCUCCUAGCAGAUCUAAUCCAAUGUAUCGCUUCUGGAGACAUUGGGCUGUGACUGACAUCAGCGGUACUGAUAUGAAGACGGGGAACCUGCAAGGUCAUGUAUUGGCAGACUAUAUCCGGCCCACACCACCACCCGAAAGUGGUUACCACCGCUACCAGUUCUUCCUCUACGAACAGCCAGCCCGUGAAGUUUUAGCCUUGAAUUCAGAUGAAAUUGCAUCUUCCGGUUCCUGGGACGUACAGAACUUUGUGGAUCGGUUUCAUCUUGGAACACCUGUGGCUUCAACCCAGUUUAUGACUAAGGAUUACCAUAACUAGCAAUAUUGGUAGAAGCACUAACCAUAUAACCACCAUUGCUCUCCGUGAUUUCGCUUGAUUUCUUCCCUAGGGAGCAGACGAACGCUCCCAAUUAGAGUGAACCUUUCUCUUUAUUCAACAAGCAUGGGCUGGAUUUUUGCAUGAUCAAUAGGCUUCAUAGGGCUCUCUGGGAUUUUAUCUUAGGAUUCAUUAUGUUUUUCAACUGGCACUAGUCCAAUGACAUGGUUGUCCCUAGAAUUCCACCACGUAUGUCACAGGAAAUGCAACACAUUCACUGCAGGACUUGUAGGCCUUAAAGUUAAAUAUGUAUGGAGUCUCAUAUUAUCUUGGAAGCAAAGUAAAAAGUCCAUAGCCUACUCAUAACCACCAACUACUCAUAUUCCAGCAUUUUGUUUUAGAUAUUUAAUUGACAUCAAAUUACCUUCUUAUACUCUUUUAUGGCACUUCCAUUCAUGACUUCCCUUCCCA